UAUUGGAGGAUGUAAGUGAAAAAAAACCCCGUGCCAUUUCUAAUGAAAACAUGGUGUUCGAUAGUCAAUGCUGUUCACUGAUUUACAGAAAUGGAAGGAUUCUUAAGAAUUACACUCAUCGGUGUCUGUGUGCUUUACAGUUACGCCCAAAGUUAUCAUGAAUAUGGGCUGAUUGAAGCAUGUGGUGACUCAAAUCAAAAAGAUUUCAUCGUCCAAAUUGAUGAUGAACAGGUGGCUCACAUUGACUUCAAAGAACAGAGAGAAAUCUUUACAUUACCUGACUUUGUUGGCCAGAUUGAGUUUCCAUCACUGUAUGAGGAUGCUAAAAAAGCGACAUCUAUUUGUAGAACCAUCUUUAAUGUGUUUAAAGAUGUGUACAUCAAUUCAUCUGAACCGAUUGAACCCCCCUGGAGCUCAGUUUAUCCCAAAAGUGAUCCACAGUUGAAUGUCAAGAACACCCUUAUCUGUCAUGUGACUGGAUUCUUCCCUCCACCUGUCAGAGUCUCAUGGACCAAGAACAAUGUGAAUGUGACAGAUGAAUCAACUCUCAGCAGAUAUUACCCCAACAAAGACGGGACAUUGAAUGUAUUUUCUAGACUGGGUUUCAUUCCAGAGGAAGGAGACAUUUACAGCUGUUCUGUGGAGCACAAGUCCCUUCAACAACCUCAAACCAGAACAUGGGAUGUAGAGAUAACGGAGCCCAGCAAUGGUCCAUCAGUGUUCUGUGGAGUUGGUCUGACUCUUGGGCUCUUGGGUCUCGUCACUGGAGUCUUUUUUAUUGCCAAAGGAAACUGAUACAAUAACACUGACAAUAGUAGAUGUUCUUUUGUUUUAGUUCGAAUGUGAAGCUGCAUAUGUGCUAAAAGUUACAAACAAAUUAAUUUUAGCGUAAAUUUAGUUAUGUUUUCAGGACUCUAUAUUGUAAUACACAGCAGGAGAUGUGUUAAACCUAAAAUAAUGUACAAUAGCUGUAAACCUUCAUAAGACAUGAUAUAAUAUUAUGCUGUUGCAUAUAGUGUGGUGACUUUUGAAUUGUAUAUAUAGUAGAUGCAUUAGAUACUCCACUUAUUAUGUAGUAAAUUUUUCAACACUACUUGAUUGAAAAUAGAAGUUUAUUUAGAGUUAUGGAACUAUGGAAAGGGACUUCUGACAUUAGAUUAUAUAUUUUAUUAUAUGAAAAUAUUAUUUUAUUUUUCUCAAAUAAAAGUGAAAUUUAAUUCAAAA